AUGGGGAAUCCAACACGUUUUAUGGUAUCAUGGGAUGAUCAUUCUACGCAUUUAGUCGCACGUCUGGGAUAUCUUUUGGAACGUCAACAGUUGGUUGAUGUCACUUUGAUGUGUAACACACACAGUCUCAAAGUUCAUAGAUCAGUUCUCGCAGCUUGCAGUCCAUACUUUGAGCGUGAAUUGGGUAAUCAUCCCAUGAUUGUUCUCAAAGAUAUGAAAUUUAGUGUACUCAAAUCAUUAAUUGAGUUUAUGUAUUGUGGCGAAACAAAUGUAACAGAAGAUAAUUUACAUGCUCUUGUAGAAGCAGCCAAAUUUUUUGAGGUUAAAGGCUUAUCAUCGCUAGCUCAUGAAAGCUUACAAGAUUCUAAGUCUAUAAAACCACCUUCCCUUGUUUGUACUACAACAGCUCAAACUCGAAUCUGUCAAGUUUCAUCUUCACCAAUUCCAGUUUCACCUAUUGCAACUAAAGUUACAGAAAACGGAAAUUAUUCUUCAUCUGUUUCUGUUAUUGCACGUCUUGGCCAAAAUAAUAAUACCAAUGAAAUGCGGCCUUGUGCUGGUAGGGGUCGUCCUAAAGCUCAUCUUCAGAGCCCAUGUUGUGAACCAUUGGUAAGCAAACCGGCUCCUAUUACUCCACCACAGACAGAAUCCGCCCAAAUACUACUGUCACUUGCAGGAUCUAACCAAUCAUACAUAUCGCCUUCAAAACAUAGAACCAAUGAAAGUAGUAUGGCGACUGUAAAUCAUGAAUUUCCAAUGAGUAACGGUCUAGACAAUAACAAUCCCAAGUUCAGUGAUGACAUAGACCUAAAGUAUAAGCGUAGUCGGAAAAGGCCUGCAGAUUCGGUAGAUGAGAAUAGAUAUGAUGUAAAAAAAUCAAUGCCUAAUGACAUGAAGACAGACGAAGAUGUCAAUCGGUCACCAUUACUAGCUAGCUUACUAACCAAAAAUGAUAAAUCUGAUGAAAAACUUAAAGUAUCAAAACCACAAGAAACACAAACUCAGAGUUCUGAAAGAUACAUAAAUGCAUUAAAAGGAGCUGGUCUUCCAACAGAUAUUCCAAUAUUAAUUGAGAAUGGUGAUGGUAACUACAUCACAUUAACUGAGAAUGUGUAUGAUAUAUUAGCCAAAGAAGAUGCUCUUCAUUUCCAAAUUACUGACAAUAUGAACCUUGCUAAUCUCAAACAACCAGAAGAUAUGGUUAGUAACAUGCAGGAUGUAGCGCAGUCUAAUAUACCAAUAAUAGACACCAAUAUAGAAGAUCCGAUAUUGAGGAAUAUUAAAAGUCAUAUGCCACCAGACAAUCCAGACGAUGUUGUUCUGUAUAAAGUGGCUGACGAUGGGAACAUAGAAAAGUAUGUUUUGACCACAGAAGACAUAAAAGCAUUCAAAAAGUCUAUGGAUUCAAAUCCUGAAAGAAAAAAGGAUUCGCCACGACUAAGCGUUUCCGAAAUAAAUGUGCCGAUUGAAAACAAAUCAUUGCCGUUGAUAACUAAAAUCUUAGACUGUGGUAAUGAAAAGUUUUCAGAGGCUCUAUUAGGCAGACUACCCCUCAGAAAAAGAGGGACAUUUAAAAUAAAUAGCAGCAGUUCUGAUACUGAUAUGUUGCAACAAAUGAACAAUGUUUGUACACAGUCUGUUAGUACUGUAGAUACUGACGUUGAGUAUGUUGUUGUAGGAGAAGACAGUGUACAAAUGGACAUAUUGGGUUCUACUAGUAUAAGCAAUAAAAAUGAUUCAUUAAAAACCACCACUUCUAUAAAAAUUGAGGAUGUGGCGGAAGAGGAAAUGAGUGUUCUAGAAGCAAUGAUGAACAAUACUAUUGAAUUUUCCACUGAAGAUGGUGACUAUCAGAUGCACAGUAGUGAAGAGGUUUUCUCAAAUGAUCAAAAUGACAAUGAGAAAAUGAUAUUGUCCAAUGUCCUCAUGUGCACGGGUGCAGAAAAUUCCAAUUCUCACGUUGGCCUUGACCACUUUGGAUUCAAAACCGAUGACGUGGACGGCCGUAAUGGUGACUGUAAUCAACAAAAAAAAUCCAAAAUGUAUGUAGACUUGGAUAUGACGGGAAAUGAUUUUAUAUCGGAACCUGUCACUGAGGAGGUAGUACUCUCCAGCGAAUUAAAUCCGAGCUCCUGA